AUGAUGGAUGAGAAGGCGCGCGCAGGAUGUUCGUCACGUCGACCAACCGUUUCGAGAUUGCAACUUGCGGAUGAUGGUGGAAGAAGACGUGUGAAAGAUGUAAUGCAGGUAACUUGCCAUCGAAUUCGUAGGGAACGACUGAAAGGAGAGACUGGUGCUGCAAAAAUUACAGAAAGUCUCAUGUUGCCUGAGGCUUAUGCGUUCUUUAUCAAGCUGAAGGCAUAUUUUGGUGAUGCGGAAAAAAGAAAACGUAUUAUGGAAACAUAUAGUGGCUGGGUGACUGAGAUGCAUAAAUUGAGUACUAUGAAUUUUGCAGGAAGGUUUCCAGAGAGCGUUGUGCGUGAAAAGUUGUACCGAGCUGUGUCACAUCACGCGGCAGUUGAAGCAGUUAUACAUAAAUGUUAG